AUGUCCUCAUACCUCAGUAACCUGCUCACCCACACAACAUCAAGAUACAACUCUUUACGGAGAACGCUCCUUUCAAGCGAAGACGACGGCGACACCGAAGACGAUACACAUCUCUGCCGUGUCCUGCGUGCGUACUACACCGAGAAAGGCCGUCCGUUCCCAGGAUGGCUACCGCCAGAUCCUAAUGACAAGCGGGCCAUCACUCCGCAGCCAUAUGCGCAGCAAUCAGGCUACUUCACCAGUGCCGGGGGAAAGAGCCAGUACUCCGGCGUGCAAAACCAAGGCGGGCAAAGAGGCAGCUUGAGCGACCUGUGGGACCCGCCCUCUACACCACAAAACAACGGCCCGAUGCAACCUCAGAGCUUGAGAAAUGCAAGACGGCCUAUGAAUCCACCUGCGGCCCAAAGCAGCUCGAACCUUGCACCGCCGCAGGCUCGUCCACUGCCCUCGCAGCGAGCAGGAAGCUAUCAGAGUAUAGCAUCACAGCAGUCGUCGAGCCGACCGAACAGCGGCAUGGCACCUCAGCCCAGCCCGCCGCCGAGUGCAGGAGGUCCGGCGGCUGUAUCAGCUCAAGAGAAACUCAAGGCUCGACUAUGGGGUGGUGGGAGAUCAAGUCCUGCUCCUGGUGGUGCGCCUGCUCCUCCGGGUAAUGCGUCGAAUCCGUACGAUCGUCCAAGAACGGCAAACAAUGCUCCAUACAGCAACGGCAGCAAUCCGUACGACAGCGGUGAAGGACGAAGAUACGGGCGAUGA